AUGGAUUCGGCACCCUCAGCGGCUGCAGAACCUGACUUCGACGGAGCUCACUCUUCCUGGGAGCCCCCCACGCAUUCUGACGAGCACGUAAUAACAACCGAGGAGCAAACCGUCGCCGCACUGGAUCAAGAUCCCGAAAAAAAGUACUAUAGUUCCUCGAGAAGAGGUCGGAGAGCAAGAAGAGUGUUGCUGAGUGCGGUGUGGCUGAUUCUGGCCCACCUGGUGGUAGUUUCUUUGCUGCUCUCACACUGUCGGAGUGCCCGACGAAGUAAAGCUGGCGAGGGUUUGUUAGCACGACGCCUUGCAGGUGAAAAUAGGGAGGGCGGGUCUUUUCAGCCGCGCAAUCCAUUUUUCGUGGAAGGGGAAUGGACUUCUCUCGACGCUGAGGAGCUUGCUAGGCUCUGUGCUGAACUAGGACAUCAACCUUACCUCGGGACCAGCACUUCUGAUGAGGCGGCAGAAUUAUCUUCGUCAGUAGCGAGCAAUUCUGCCUCUGCUGGAUAUACAGCCUUUCAAGGGGACUAUGAACAGCCGUUCACCAGUUCGUCUGCGCCUCUUUUAUAUAGAGACCCCAUCCUGGCGCGCAGGGUCGAUGCUUCGAGUCGCAAGCGAGCAUAUCCUACUUCCCAGGCUCCCGGUGAACAACCAGAACCCUCGAAAAUUCGUGUAUAUAGGGAUGAAUCUGGAGGCCCAGGUCUACCAGGUGAUGUUUUCGAGGUGGAGUCAGCAGCUGUUCAGCCUGUGGCUGGGCCUUCCUCUGUAGAUCGAUCUCGUGAAUGUUUUGCAGCAGUGUCCUAUUCAAAAUCUGUACGGCUCCAAGAAGGUGUAACAUAUCAGAGCACAGGGCAGCAAGGUAUGCUUCCGGCGAAGCAGACUUUGGUUGCACCGCCCAACUAUCCAGUUUCCAGUUCUUUUGUGCCUGCACGUUGUACCUUUCCCGCUUCUCAGUCAAAAGGCUCCGCUGACCAUGACACGAGCGAUCAAAAUCAAUCGUCUGCCUUGUUUCAAAGCCCAACAGCAUCGUUGGUACCUCUGCUCCCCAGUGAUGGAGAGGCCUCGACAUCGGCGAAAACAACACAGCUUUUAAGCAUGGGACCCAAUAAAGACGAUUCCAGGAAGGUGCACCCGUAUGUUCGGCUGCCUGUUUUGGCGCCUGGUGUGAAACCAAGACAGUCUCUUGAUUUAUCAGACCUCUCUAUGGUUCGGAAUUUACCUAUUGUUACGCACCUCAAGGUUGUUCGGGAUCUCUUUGCGCUCCCUGUUCUCAACCUUACGAAUGCAAAUAUGCUUGUCACUGCAGUUGAAGAGUUGGCCAUACGAGCGAUCGCUCUUAUGACGGCCUCAGUUUCACUAUUAAGGCCAUCUAAUGCCGUGAGAGCCUUGGGACGUCGCUUUCUGGUUUUUAAUGCGGUGCAUUCAGCAAUGAGAGUGUUAGGAAACAACACACAGCUCGAACAUUUGUGGCGUGAAAUGCUGCGAGUGGUGCCAACAGAAUACAGCCACGAAGGUCCACGCGCAUUCUCUCACAAGAGUGAAUUUCAGUUUACUUUGGCGAAAGAACUAAGCGCUGCCAUGGAAUUGUACAAGGCGGGCAAGGCACCUACAGAAGAACAAGAGCUAAAGAUCAAGAGAGCGUUAUUUUGCUCGACCUAUAGUCCCACGUGCUUCCUUGAAACACUGUGGGAUCAAUGGAGACUUGACGACGAGGAAUUCCAGAAAACAUGUGAGUGA